GAUUUGCAGCAUAAUUAACUAAGCUAGUCAAAUGGCUUCCACACUUAAGGUCCUAGAGCAAUGUCAGGUCUCUCCACCAAAAGAUUCAGUUCCCACAACCUCUCUUCCCCUCACAUUUUUGGACAUACCUUGGCUUGUCUUGCUACAACCUGUCCAACGCCUCUACUUCUAUGAAUUCCCUCACCCAUCUCACCAUUUCACACAAACCCUCCUUCCAUCAAUCAAACACACUCUCUCCCUCACUCUCCAGAACUUCUUCCCGCUCUCUGGAAACCUCACUUGUCCCCCUCCUCCCUCCAUGCCUUACAUCCACUACGUCGCAAACAUGUCUUCUGUCAAAUUCACCAUUACUGAGUCCGCUGCCAACUUCAUCCAUCUUAUAGGCAACCACCCAAGACAUGUCCAAGAGUUUGAUCACCUUGUUCCCCAUUUGCCGGAUUUUAAUAAUUUGGACUCCAAUUCAAGUGACACAACCACAUUUCUACUUCCUAUUCUUGCAUUACAAGCAACAAUUUUCCCAAACUCUGGCUUAUGCAUUUCCAUAGCAUAUCGCCACGUUGUGGAUGGACGAACUGCUAAUCAUUUCAUGAAAUGUUGGGCUUCUGUUUACAAGUCUGGAGGAGACUUAUCUUGUAUACAUGAAUCACCUCCUAUCUAUGACAGAGAUUUGAUCAAAACCCCAAAAGAUUAUGAGCCCAUUUUAUUCAAUCAAUACAUCGGGUUGAGAUCGACAUGGAAAAAUCUUGACAUGGCCAAGUCUUCUUCCAUUUUCAUAGACAACUUUCGCACAACAUUUGUACUAGGAAGAGAAAAUAUUCAAAGCCUGAAACAACUUAUCAUGACCCAAUGCAAGAAUUGUAAUGAGCCAACCCCAAAGCACUUGUCGAAAUUUGUGGUCACAUGUGGUUUUGUGUGGGUAUGCUUGAUGAAGGCCCUACAUGCUAGUGAAACUGGGGUGACUUCAAUGAAGGAUGAUGACCUCUUACGGUUAGGGUUUGCAGCCGAUAUACGAAGCCUCUUUCAGAAUCCAGUGCCCAUCACCUAUUUCGGAAACUGCUUGUCAGCAUGUUAUGUGGCAGAUAAAAAGAGAGAGAUCAUGGCGGAGUGUGGGAUUGCUAAGGCGGUGAAGGCCUUGGAGGCUGCAAUUUUUGAGCUGAAAAAUCGAGAUCUUGAAGGGUUAAAGAGGAUGGUUCCAUUUCGAGGGGAGUUGGUUGUAGCAGAAAGUAGUGUAGCAAUUGCUGGAUCGCCAAAGUUGGGAGUUUAUGGGACUGAUUUUGGAUGGGGAAGAGCAAAGAAAGUGGAGGUCGUUCACUUUGUUGAUUCAACCGUUUUUUCUCUUGCUGAGAGUAGAGAUGAGGAGGAUGGCAUUGAGGUUGGUUUAGCUCUACCGAGGACUACAAUGGAUGCAUUUACUUCUUUGUUUGAACAAGGUCUGAAAAAUUUCUGCUAAAAUAUGGAUGUUUUAAGUUCAUUUACAUUUUAGAAAUACUUUAGUGUGUGAUAGGCACAAAAAAUAAAAAUAAAAGUAAUCAGGUCAUGCAAUAUUUUAUGGGGGCAUUUGAGCAUGAUCCUUUUGGAUCGUCUCCUUGAGUGGAGUGAGGUUCUUGGGUUUUGCUUUCUUAGGAUUUUAUAUAUGGUGGCUUUGGCUGUUAUGGUGCUGUCGUCAGUGCUUCUCACGGUGGUUGGUGCGACGAUUUUCAUAGCGGCGACUGUUAGGUCUAGGGUUUUUAUUCCUCUUUUGUUGGGCUUCAUGUUUAGGCUAAUUGCCUUAUGUUUCUAAUCUGGUUUGUUAUUUGAUAGGCC